AUGCACAACCAGCUCGCACAGAUAGAGCCCCAGCGCUCGAUGGAAAGAUCCCUUCGACUGCCGCACUCCGAGGACGACUGCCCGUCGACGGAACCAAGACCUCAGUUGCUGCCUCUAGUGCAGCGAGUCCCAACGUCGAUCCAAGACCACGAGGCGGAUCAUCAGUCCCAGAAGCAAGCUAACCACCCGCAGUGCUUGGUUCCUGGGGGCAAGGUAAGGCUAGACUCUGCUGCCGCGGUGCCGAUAACGCCGACCAACAAGGCUUACGUUGCGUACCGGUCCGGUGCCGGCAGCGACACGCAGGCGGGACACGCCCUCCGUCUGUGUCCCUUAGCACCACCAGCACCUGUCAUCAACGGCGCAGGCACACAGCUUACACGCCCAGAGGGCAAGGAGGUAGGCGUAAGUGCGAUAACCGCCCAGCCACAAACUCAACACGUGGUGAGAGUGGCGACGACAGAAGGACACUGCCCAGUCAGCGGCGGCGUGGAGAAGGAAUGCGUCAUCCUAAGAAUGCAAUGGCCGCUGAGAUACACCCCACCGGACCAACGCAGCGGAUGCAGCCACCUGCUGCUCAUGUCGCGUCUCCUCCGCCGCCUCCAAAGCUUCGCCGGAAGCCGGGGUGCCGGGAUUUGA